CACGACAAGAGUUUUGCGGGAGCGCGGUACUUCUGUUCCGCGAACAGAACGCCCGUUUUUUUAAAUGCAAAAAACAUUAGCACCUAUAAAACUGAGGAAUAUUUAUUUUUUCUUGUGAUCAAUUCGAUUUGAAGUGUCAUCGAGUCCAACAAUUAUCCGUAAAUUCGUACAACCAGUGAUAAAAUCACUUGGGAAAAGGCGAUUUCCUUUGUUCACGAAUCGUGAAUUGUUAUUAUUAUUUUUUUUCAAUAACUCGAAUACUCUAGAAGAAUGCUGCGCAAAAGAGGGGGCGGGUUGAGCAAAGGUCGGAAAAUGGCGAAGAAAAACACUCCGGCUGCUCUCCAGACGGAAGUAUCAACGGACGAAGAGUGGGCGAAGAUAUUAGAGCGAAAAGGAUUGAUUGUCGCUGACAUUUAUUCAGAAUGGAGCGGACCGUGCAGCGGUAUGAUUAGCAUCCUUAAAAAAAUCAAGAUGGAAAUCGGCGGCGAUUUGUUGAGUUACGUGACGGCCAAAUGUGACAACAUCGCUGCAUUGGAAAGAUUUCGCGGGAAAAGUGAACCCACCUGGAUGUUUAUUCACAAUGGGCAAAUGGUAAACUUAAUGUUUGGUGCUUAUUGUCCAGAACUUCAAAAAAUGCUAACUGACGAAUUGAGAAGAGUACAGAACGGCGAGGAGCACGAAUUUUGUAUUCCUGUCAGUCAGAGAAGUCCCGAGGAAGAAAAUCGUAUGAAAAUACUCGAGGAAGAGAGAACUGUCAAAGAAGCUGCGAAAAAAGCCGAAAAAGAAGCUGAAAUAAAAGCGAAAUACGAAGCGGAAAUGUUGCAUUACACAAAUUCGCUGCAGGACGAAACGUUGCUCAUUCUGUAUCCGUGGGUUUUCAAGGACGCAGAAGGACACAAACGUGAUAAAAUAUCGAGUCCUCCUUACGCUGAUCUCAUUGAGAACAUUUUGCCUGGAAAUUACGCGAUUUCUCAAGAACUUCGGAAAAAAUUGGACGAGGAGACGCUUUCAAAAAUGUUUUUCGAGUCUGAUUGGGAUAUAAACGAAAAUGCCAAAAAUUUGUUGAUGGAUGGACGAUGCAUGUGCAUGAGGCUUCGAGUUAGCGAGAAGAAACCGGAAAUGGACGUUGAAAAAUAUCUUCUGAGUUUGUUGUUCGGCGAACCGAGACUACCGCUCAUCGACGAAAAACUUCCCGAAGGAUGUUUCGCGGAACGUCAUCGACCCGCUUUUCUACCAAGUGACAAGGAGGGCACGGAGUACCCGGUCGUUUGGGCUGCGCCGAAUCCGCGCAACAAGGCUACAGUGUUUCGACUUAUUUUUCGAAAAUACGUCGAAACGACGUUUCCGUAUGAAGAUAAGACGGUGAAAGCUCCGAUAAUCGUCUUCAAAUACGACAGCACUCGUAGAAACGAACUCAAAAUGGUGCUUGACAUUUACGAGUCCGAAGUCGUGAAUUUCGGGAUUUUCGAGAGGGACAAACCACCAGAGGCGAAACUCAUAGCAACCAGUAUCGAAGAAUUCGAUGAAAACUUUGAAGGAAAAACCGGAUACGAGGCUUUCGUCAGUGUCGUCAAAAAAAUUGGUUCAGAGGCUUUUCUGACUUUCGCCGGUAUCGGACCUUAUCACGUUAGUGAGAAUCCCGAGACUGCGAUCGAGGAGGCGAAAUUAUAUUUUCCAGAUGUUAGUUGUGCCGAUGAUGGUGCAUCGGACGACGACGACAAGCCGGAAGAUCUAGAAGAAAACGGUGAAGGCGAAGCCCCCGAAAACACGACCGAACAAGAGGGAAAAUAGUAGGACAGUGUAAGAUUGAUGAAUGAAUAAAAAAAUAACUCGUUAAA